AUGCAGCAGCAGGUUUCUGGAGAGGGGGCCCCCGGGGGGCCCCCCGAGGUGGCCCCCGCAUUCCCGCAGGAAGCCCAGGCAGCAGACGCAAGAGGGAGUUCAGAAGACUCUCCAGAGCAGCAGCAGCAGCAGCAGCAGCAGCAGCAGGUGGUGCCUCCCCACCACGUCUCUGCGGAAGACAGGUCUCACGACAGCACGGGGUUUUCUCCUGCUGCUGCAACAGAGUCUCCAGCAGCAGAAGCAGCAGCAGCAAAAAAGAAAGCAGCAGCAGCUCAGGCUGCCCCCGCCACAGGCUUUAAGGGGGCCCUCAGGCACUUCGGGGCCCACUACAAAGCAGCAGCAGAAGAGCCGCAGGAGGGGCCCCCAGAUGCAGCAGCAGCAGCAGCAGCAGCAGCAAGCGACAACCCUUUUGGGGUGACUCCUGAGCAGCUCGUAGCCUUCUGGAGGCACUGCCUGGACGCGACGUCGGACUUUACUUUGCGGAUUUUGAUGGUGGCGGGGCUGGUGAUGAUCAUUUUGGGAGUCACUACAGGGGAGCACCCGGAGGUGGAGUGGGUGGAGGGUUUUGCAAUUUGGGUGGCGGUUUUGGUGGUGGUUUCUGUGACGGCUUUGAACGACUGGGCUAAAGAAAAACAAUUUCGAAAACUCGCCAAGUUAAAAGACGACAAGAACUGCCGGGUGUUGCGGGGCGGGGCGGAGCAGGAGGUGUCCGUGUUUAGCGUGGUGGUUGGAGAUGUGAUAAAACUCGAAGUUGGAGACGAAGUGCCCGCAGACUCUUUGCUGCUGCAGGGUUUGGACUUCCGGGCGGAUGAGAGCAGCAUGACUGGCGAGAGCGAGCCCAUAGACAAACGCAGCGAGGAGGCUUGCUGGCAGCAAGUCGCCAAGCUCCGCAGCAAGCAGCAGCAGCAGCAGCAGCAGCAGCAGCAGCAGCAGCGGGGGGGGGGCUGCGCGGGAGAGGGAGAGGCGCCGGGAGGCAAGGACGGGGGAGAGCUGCACCUGCAGCAGCAGCAGCAGCAGCAGCAGCAGCAGCAGCAGCAGCAGCAGCAGCAGGUGGGGUUUGGGGGGGGCUCGCAGCACCACUUGGUGGCUUCGCCAGUUCUUGUUGCUGGCAGCACAACAACUGCUGGCAGCUGCUCAGCCCUCGUAAUAGCUGUGGGGCCCCGCAGCCAGCAGGGGCAGCUCUUCCACUCCCUCACGGCCUUCGACGCCCAGCCCACGCCUCUCCAGAACAAGCUUAACGCCCUCGCGAGAGACAUCGGCCGCAUAGGGUUUAUGGCUGCGUGCGUCACCUUCCUCGUGCUGCUCAUUCAGUUCUGGGUUUUGUACGGACUCACCCCCCACGGCGAAAGACCCUCUGCGGGAAACGUCGGAAGAGAACACUUGGAGUUUUUGGUGGUUGCAAUUACUAUUGUGGUGGUUGCAGUUCCCGAGGGUUUGCCGCUGGCCGUCACCAUUUCCCUGGCCUACUCCGUCGGCCGCAUGCUGAAAGACAAAAACUACGUUCGACGCCUCGCAGCCUGCGAAACAAUGGGAGGCGCCAACGAAAUCUGCAGCGACAAAACGGGGACUUUGACAAAAAAUAAAAUGGAAGUCCAAUCCCUUUGGAGAGGGGGCCCCCCUGGAGACUCUUCUGCCUGGCUACUAGCCCCGGGGGGGCCCCUGGGGGCCCCCCAGCUGCUCGGGACCCCCGCGGGGGCCCCCAAGAGUGGGGAUAAGCUGGGGGGCCCCCAGGAGGGGAAUGGCAAUGGGGGGCCCCCCAAACUAAACCCUAAAUUGGUGACUAUUACAAACAGGGGGGACAGCGCGUGGGAUAUGAUGGUGCAGCAAGCAGCGCCAGCAGCAGCAGCAGCAGCAGCGGGAAACCACCAAAUUGUUUCCCGAGAUGUCCCCCUAGACCGCGGCCUUUCAAACGCCGACUGGGCCAACCCUGUUUUCCGGGAGCCCUUUACGAGCGACCGCAAGAUAAUGACGACAGUGGUGUCGCUGCAGCAGCAGCAGCAGCAGCAGCAGCAGCUGCUGCCGCUGCUGCUGCCGCAGCGGGGGCCCGAAGCAGCAGCGGCCAAGGGAAAGAAGAGGCGGGACAGCCGCAGCAGCAGACGCAGCAGCUGCAGCAGCACAGACAGCAGGCGCUGCAGCACGGCCAGCAACGGGAACCGGCUGGCAGCAGACCCCGCAGCAGCAGCAGCAGAAGCAGCAGCAGUAGCAGCAGCAGCAGCAGCAGCAGCAAACACCAACCAGCCCACCGAAGUCGGGGCUUACCGAGUUUAUGUAAAAGGAGCAGCAGAGUCUGUGCUGCGGCUCUGCAGCCACAUAGUGGUGCCCCCCGGCCUUGCUGCUGCAGUGGCGCCCCUCAGCAGCAGCAGCAGCAGCAGCAGCAGCAGCAGCAGCAGCGGGGAGAACCUGUGCCCCGACCUGUGCGUAGUGCCCCUCUCAGCAGCAGCAGCAGCAGCAGUGGAGCAGCAAGUCAUUGGGGCCAUGGCUGGCCAGGCCCUCCGCACAAUUUGCGUGGCUUAUAAAGAUUUCUUUGGAGACAAAAAAGACUCUUCUUGGAAAGAAAUAAGUCCAAACCCUCCCUUCAAACAAGUCGAGUCCGGCCUCACUUGCCUCGCCAUUCUUGGAAUCAGAGACCCCGUGAGGGAGGAAGUCCCUGCUGCAGUGAGGGCCUGCCAGGCCUCGGGAAUUAAAGUGCGGAUGGUUACUGGGGACAAUUUGGAGACUGCGAAGCAAAUAGGCAUCAAGUGCAACAUAUACCAUCCCGAAGAAGACGGGCUGGCGAUGACGGGCGCGGAGUUCAGCCGCCUCGUGGGCCGAGUUGUCUGCAGCGUUUGCUGCACUAGGGUUUGCGACUGCCCCACAAGUGCAGCAGCAGAACGUCGGGAGGGAAAGAAGCAAAGAAAAGAUGUUGUCAAGGACUUGGAGGCUUUCAAAACCAUCGCCCCCCGUAAAAGCGCUGCACAGAGCAGCGCGCCGCCGCUAAACGCGCAAGCGCUGAAACCCAAUACCUACGGUCUAGGGUUUAGGCUCGAGGUCCUGGCCAGGUCCCAGCCCCUAGACAAGUUCGCCCUCGUUUUGGGGCUGCAGCAGUUGGGGGCCGUCGUGGCAGUGACUGGCGACGGGGCCAACGACGCGCCUGCGCUGAAGACUGCGGACGUGGGCUUCGCCAUGGGGGUCACAGGUCAAACCCUAAACCCUAAACCCUAA